AUGAAAGCUUAUUACGUUUUUUUCAUAGCUUUCUUCGCCAGCUUCACCGCUGCUGCUGACUGGAACCCAACCUACUGUAAUGCAUCCCAUUCAUGUCCUGAAGACCUUCCAUGUUGUUCUCAGUAUGGUAUGUGUGGCACAGGCUCGUACUGUUUGGGUGGCUGUGACAUCCGUCGUUCCUUCAAUAUGUCUGCUUGCAUGCCUAUGCCCCGUAUGGAAUCCUUCGAGGAGUCUUUCAAGAACAUUGAUCACGUUGAAAAACAAGACGAAUAUUUGGGUAACUACACUGAGGCCGACUGGGUCUACACUGGUCAUGUUGCCAACCACGAUGAUUCGCUUUUGUUGCAGAUGCCUAAGAAGUCUACUGGUGCUGUGGUCUCCAGUACGAAGUACCUCUGGUACGGUAAGGUUGGUGCUACCAUCAAGUCUUCUCGUGGUAAGGGUGUUGUUUCUGCUUUCAUUACUUUCUCGGACGUGCAAGAUGAGAUUGAUUUCGAAUGGUUGGGUUACGACUUGGACAACACAGAGUCUAACUACUAUUACCAGGGUGUGUUGAACUACACGAACAUGAAGAAGCAUUCUAUUUCGAACACUUUUGAGAACUGGCAUUACUAUGAGCUCGACUGGAGUGAAGAGGAACUUUCCUGGUCCAUCGACGGUGAGGUUGUUCGUACUUUGACCAGAGCUGAGACUUGGAAUGAAACAACCAAGAGACACAUGUACCCACAGACUCCUUCUAGAGUGCAAUUCUCCUUGUGGCCUGGUGGAGGUGAAGGUAACGCCAAGGGUACCAUUGAAUGGGCUGGUGGUGAGAUCGACUGGGAUUCCGAGGACAUCAAGAAGACUGGUUACUACUAUGCCUAUGUGAAGAACGUUUCCGUUGAGACUUAUGACUUGCCUGACUGGGUCAAGAAGAACGUUAGCAACAAGACCAAGGACUACCAUGCGUACUUGUAUAACUCCACCGAUGCCAACGAAGAAAACAUUUUCUUGACAAAGAAGAAGACUUGGUUGGGUACCGGUGAUGCUACUGGUUUUGACCCUGAUAACGAGGAGAAGGUUGAGACAGUCUCGUCUGGUUCUUCUGUCAUUACCAGAACACUGAGCAGAUCUAAGGAUAGUAAGGUUGACGUUCCUACUGGAGCUGGUAACGGUGGCGCUGCUGGUAACCGUGGAACCACUACUUCGACUGCUGAAUAUACUGGUGGUUUCGUGCAAAAUUCUAAAGGCACUGGUUCUAGUUCUGACAGCACCAGCUCUGGAAGCAACAACAGCUCAGGCCCAAGCUCUGGUGCUCCAUCUUACACUGCCGAGAGAAUCCUCGCAUUGGCUGCCGGUAUUAUUGGAGCUGUCAAUCUUUCAUCUUACAACACCCGUGGCAAGAUGAAGAUGCUCACGAAGUUCGAGUCCAAGUCCUCAAGGGCUAAGGGCGUCGCUUUCCACCCGAAAAGACCCUGGGUCCUUGUGGCAUUGCACUCGCUGACGAUCCAGUUAUGGGACUACAGAAUGGGUACUUUAAUUGAGCGUUUUGAGGACCACGAUGGCCCUGUCAGAUCUGUUGAUUUCCAUCCUACCCAGCCACUUUUCGUUUCUGGUUCCGAUGAUUACUCUAUUAAGGUCUGGUCGUUGAACACCAGAAAGUGUAUCUUCACCUUGAAUGGACACUUGGACUAUCUUAGAACCGUCAGUUUCCACCACGAUUUGCCUUGGAUUUUGUCUUGUUCUGAUGAUCAGACUAUCCGUAUUUGGAAUUGGCAGAACCGUCAGGAAAUUGCUUGUUUGACUGGCCACAACCAUUACGUGAUGCUGGCUCAAUUCCACCCUACCGACGAUUUGAUUGUUUCUGCAUCUUUGGAUCAAACCGUCCGUGUGUGGGAUAUCUCCGGUCUCCGUAAGAAACACUCCGCCCCUACCUCGUCGAUGCGUUCGUUUGAAGAUCAAUUACAACGCAGACAAUUGCCUCAGCAGGAUAUCUUCGGCAAUGUGAAUGCCAUUGUCAAGUAUGUUCUUGAGGGCCAUGACAAGGGUGUCAAUUGGGCUGCUUUCCAUCCUACUUUGCCUCUCAUUGUUUCCGCUGGUGACGACAGAUUGGUUAAAUUGUGGAGAAUGAGCGAUAGCAAAGCCUGGGAAGUUGACACUUGCCGUGGCCAUACCGGUAAUGUGCUCUGUUCCGUCUUUCACCCACACCAAGACUUGAUCCUCUCUGUAUCGGACGACAAGACUAUUCGUGUUUGGGAUUUGAAUAAGAGAACUCCCGUCAAGCAGUUCAGAAGAGAGAGCGACCGUUUCUGGUUGGUUGCUAGUCACCCAAACAUCAACUUGUUCGCUACAUGUCACGACUCUGGUGUCAUGGUUUUCAAGCUUGAGAGAGAAAGACCUGCCCAUGCUCUUUUCCAGAACAAGUUGUACUUCGUGAACACCGAGAAGCAAAUCCAGGCCUAUGACUUCCAGAGAGAAGAGACUUCUAUGCCUAUGUUAUCACUUAAGAAGAUUGGUAAGACCUGGUCUGCUAUGAGAACUUUGACCUACAACCAGUCUGACAACUCGAUUUUGGUGACACACGGCGAAGGUGACAAUGGAAUGUACGCCCUCAUUUCUCUCCCGAAACAUGUCACUGGUGCUAUUGAACCAGCCGAUGUUCGUCUGGGUGAAGGUAACUUCGCUUGCUUCAUCUCCAGAAACCGUUUCGUUGCUUUUGUCAAGUCUUCGAAGGUCUUGUACGUGAAGGAUACUAACAAUAAUGUCACUAAGACUAUCCAGUUAGAUUCUUCUGUCAUCGAUGUCUUGUACGGUGGCCCAGGACGUGUCUUGUUGGUGAAGUCGCACUCCAUCAUCAACUACGAUGUUCAACAAAGAAAAGAGUUGGCCGAGUUGAGUGUUAACAACGUCAAGUACGUUGCCUGGUCCAACGAUGGCCAGUACUUGGCCCUCUUAUCUAAGCACACCAUCUCCAUCGCAAACAAGGACUUACAAUUGAUCACCUCGACGCAUGAGACUAUUCGUAUCAAGAGUGCUGCGUGGGACGAAUCUGGUGUCUUGUUGUACUCCACUUUGAACCACAUCAAGUACACAUUGUUGAACGGUGACAAUGGUAUCAUUAAGACUUUAGAAAAUACCCUUUACAUCACCAGAGUCGUGCAAAACAAUGUCUAUUGUUUGAACCGUGCUGGUCGUGUUGAAAAGCUCACCAUCGACCCUACUGAAUACAGAUUCAAGAGAUCUUUGGUGAACAGGAACUUUAACGAAGUCUUGAGAAUUAUCAAGAACUCCAACUUGGUCGGUCAAAACAUCAUUGCUUAUUUGCAGCAGAAGGGAUUCCCUGAAAUUGCUUUGCAAUUCGUGCAAGAUCCAGAGACUAGAUUCGACUUAGCAGUUGAAUGCGGUGACUUGCAGGUUGCUGAAGUUGAAGCUAACAAACUCAAGAACAAUGUUAUCUGGGAAAGAUUGGGCCAGGAAGCUUUAAAUCAAGGUAACGUUGAGCUUGUUGAAAGAAUCUAUCAGCAGUUGCAGUUCUUUGACAAAUUGUCAUUCCUCUACUUGUAUAAGGGUGAUUCAGAGAGGCUAGGAAAGAUGUCUCUUAUUGCCAAUGCUCGUUCUAAUCUUUCCUCGUUGGUUCAAAACACCCUUUAUAAUAACGAUGCCCAGACUAGAGUGGACGCCUACAUCAAAGCUGGUCAAUUGCCAUUGGCAUACACUUUGGCGAAGUCGAGUGGAUUGUCUGACAAAGCUGACGAGAUUUUGGCUGCUGCAGGUAUCUCUGAAAGUGAUGUAUCCUUGCCAAAGAUAGAUAGACCGGCUCAAUUGCCAACCCCAGGUCCUGAAGUGGCUGGUAACUGGCCGAUCAAGGAAACCAACGCUUCUUUCUUCGAGACUGCUAUGCUCACCGGUCAGGUUGAAGACUUGAACAUUGACAGCGACAGUGUCGUCGUGGAGAAGGAGACCAAGAACGGCACCCCUCUAGACUUGCCUGAUGUCGCCUUGGAUGAAGAUGCCGACGAAGAUGAUGGUGGAUGGGACAUGGAAGAUGAAGACCUCGACAUAGACGAAGACCUCGAUGGCUUUGGUGAUGAUGUCGUUGUCGGCGACGAUGAGCCUCCUGCCGCAAAGGUGGAGGGAGCAGAUGGCGAGAUUGCUUACUGGCUUCGUAAUAACAAGACCGCUGCUGGAUACGUCGCCGCCGGUGCUUUCGAGCAGGCUGCAUCUCUCUUGAAUAAGCAGCUUGGUGUUGUUGACUUCUCACCUUUAAGAAGCCGCUUUAUGGAGGUCUAUUCAAGCAACAAGUUGUACUUGCCAGGCUUGGACGAAUUGCCAGCCAUGAAGGACUACAUCAGAGAAGAUAACGAUGAAGACGACCCUAACAAGUUCAGACCACACAUUCCCGGAUAUAAUAGUUUGGAGGAGAAGUUGAGCACAGCGUUCAAGUUCUUCAGAGCUAACAAUUUGCCAGAAGCUAUCCAGGCUUUCCGUGAAAUUAUCUACACCAUUGCUGUCCUCAGUGUACAAGACGAGGAACAGGAAGCUAAGUGUGAAGACGUCUUGACCUUGUGUAGGGAAUACGUCUUGGGUUUGUCGAUCGAGUUGGAGCGUCGUUCGCUUGAUCCAUCCGAUGUCAAGAGAAACUUGGAGUUGGCAGCUUACUUCACGAGAGCCAAGCUCCAAAAUGCACACAAGGUGAACGCUUUGCAAGUGGCUAUGCUGGAAUCGUUCAAGAACAAGAACUUCACGAGCGCGUCGUACUUUGCCGGUGAGCUCUUAUCAAUUGUUAACUCAGGUGCUAAGGCAGAGAAGGCACAGAAGAUAAGAGCCAGGUCAGACUCGAUAUCGAGUGACGCUGUCGAGAUUGACUUUGAUCCAUAUGCUGAGUUUGACAUCUGUUGUGCAUCAUACACCCCAAUCUAUAAGGGCGAUGCAGUGGUGACAGAGGCUUUGGUGAGCGCCAAAUACAAGCCAGAGUACAAGGGCGAGGUUUGUCGCAUCACUAAGAUUACUAGCAUAGGACUGCCAGCAUCGGGGUUGCGUAUUCGCUUAUAA